ACUGUACAAUACACUACUGUACCCGGAGCAGCUGCCACUACUUACUUCACUUCUUCACCGCGUGACCAGUGUUACAUUAACUUUUACAGGGGUUUGGUGCUCAAAUCAUCAUUUCUCUGUAUUAGGCGAAUGGAGCGUUGAAGCAGCUCCACUGGCCAUAAUUUCUCUGUAGAUGGAGGAUGAUUCAGUACAUAAUGUGGGUCCACAAGGUGGACGUCCUGGGCUACCCCCCCUACCCAAGGCAGCUGAAGAGCCUUCUGAACUCUACCAGAUUGUUCUCCGGCACAGCCAACACCCACCCAUUGUUCAGAAUGCAUCUCGGACCCUGGCUGCGCCCUACAAGGAGCAGCGUCACCACCACACGCCCAGCGAUUCCAUAGGCAACAACUACAGCGUCUGUGCCAGACACCUGAGGGUGCAGCACCUGCGCCACAGACUGAGGGCAUCUGCUGACGGUUCGCCUCGGGAUAAACCUGCGCCGCUGUCUGCACCUUACGAGAAACCCCAAAAACCGGGAGAAGAGUCCAGGGAAUCCAUCCUUCGGUCUUCAUACUCGGAUGAGUGCAAGAGCAGAGAGAAGACCCCAGUAGCCGGCAGCAGCCCACCCCUUUCGCCAGGCGAGCAGCUCACCAUUAUAGAAUGGCAGGAGGAGCAGGCAAAGAGAGCAGAAGAGCCCUCGGAGAAGGACCUGGAGAGAUACCUGUACUACAUCACCCAUGGAGUGCAGAGCGACAUGCUUGCAGCCCAGCCUCCGCAGCAGAUAAAGAACAUCCUGAAGCUCCUUCCCGAUCACGGCGAAGCGGAAAGUCGAACGCUGCAGAAGCUCAAGUCCGACAAUCUGGAGGAAGUCUUUCAUGACUAUGAUUUUAGCCUGAGGAAAAGCAUCGUGGACUACGUCCUAAGAGAUCCCUCGGAGAGGCGGCGCUUGUUCAUCUCCAGCAUCCCACGCCCUUUCCCGCCGAGGGUGAUCCGUGGCCCGGUACCCUGGUCCAGCAGUUACAGAGAGGCCCGUGACUGCAUGGUCCAUCACCUCUUCACGGUCAACCCUGUUAUGCUGCAUCUGCAGGAGCUGUGGUUCAAGAACUUCUCCUCGCUGAGGUUUGUGAGGCUGGAGGACCUGUUUGCAGCUAACCUGCCCUUGCUCCCGGAGGACUUUGAAGCGCUGAUCCAGAGGCGGUGCCAAAUCACCCGCGACGACUUGCUCGACAUAUGGCUGCCCAGAUGUGCCUCUCUCUUCAUCACCCACAAAGAGCUGUGGCUCCCACUGGUGCCUCGCAGUCGCAAUGUGACCCCCGUCAGUGCCCAGGAGUUCUUCUCAUGCGUGGCGACACUCAUGUCCCUGCAGCUGCGCGGCCUGGUCAUUGCCUCCCUCCAGGAGCUGCUGCAGUUCUUCACGAUGCACCAGGAUGGGAACGACUUCGGAGAGGAGUACGACAUAACGCGCUUCGAGCAGCCGCAGGCACUGGUGUUGAAGCUGAGGGUGGAGGAACCUUCCAUUGCUUUCCAACCCAUGUUGAAGGAAUGCUGGGAAUUCAUUCACAGGAGCUUCAUGGAGAUUAUAAGGAGUGCGGUGGACCUGCCCCGGGUGGAGUGUAUCCUGUUUCCGGACAUCCGGAGAAACAAUCUGACGCUCCGCACAGUGAAGCCAGACGAGCUACUGGUCACCAAGAUAAUCAGCAGAGCCAUGGAGAUUUUCCAGAAGAACACAGUAGGACCCAACAGGUAUCUGAAUAUUUACGACAAGUACAGCAAUCUCAUCGACGACAGCGCAAAGCAGGAGAUUAAUUCAUUCCUCAAGAAAAAACAUUCUUUGGCCGAUUUCACAAAGAAAAUUGAGAGUUUGCAGCAGCUGGAGGAGGAGCUCGCCUCCCUGUACAUCACCGUUCCCUUGGCCAUGUUUUGCCUGGACACCGUCGGCCUUCACGAAGAGCUGUGCGCCCGUACCGAGAAGCUGAAGGACAGGGUGCUCACGUACGUGGUGAAGGACAACAGGGAGCUCAACAGGAGUGUGUGUCGGCGCUAUGAGGAAAUUGCAGAGAGGGUGAGCACCAUUCCACAGGACACAGAGGAACUGGUGGGCCUCAGAAAGUACCUGAUGAACACCUGCAAAGUGACCUUCCACACUCUGAAGGAUGAGGUCAAUGAAGCUGCUAAACGCCUUAUUUUCCUGCUGGACUUCGCUGCCUUGCCGAAUGAAGACAUGAAGCUGAACAGCAGUGUGUUCCACUGGCCGGAGCAAAUCAUGUCGGUGUGUGAGCUCAACGAGAUCCGUCUGGCCGCAUGCAAGGAGCACGCCGAGGGAAGCCUCACCGCGAGGAUUGUCGAGUUUGACCAGAAGCUGGAGUUCUUCAAUAAAGAGGUAGAGUCCUUCAAGAAGAAGGAAGUCAUGACUCUUGCAGAGAUGAAGAACAAUGUUGAGAAGCUGAGCAAACUGACAACUGGAAUUGAAGCCGCAUUGAUGGAGCUCGAGGACAUCAACAAGGAGGAGAGCCUCUUAGGAAAGGAGCAGAGCAAGUUUCCCGUUCUGCAGACCCUCUUGGCCAACAAGCAACCCUACGACCAGCUGUGGACAACCGCCCUCAACUUCCAGAACGUGUCAGAGAUAUGGAUGAAUGACCCGUUCGUAAACCUGAACGCUGAGAAGAUCUCAGAAGACCUGGAGAACAUGUGGCGCACCAUGUACAAGUUAACCAAGACCCUCUCGGACUUGCCGGGACCCCGGCGAGUGGCGGACGCCUUUAAGAUCAAGAUGGAAAAGUUCAAACAGCACCUCCCUGUGCUCAGCACCAUCUGCAACCCCGGCAUCAAGAGCCGACACUGGGAGAAGAUUAGCAGCAUCGUGGGCUUCGAGGUUAAACCUGACAAAGACGCGUCGCUUUCCAGCAUGCUGGAACUGGGUCUGUCUGCUUACAGCACCAUGCUGAAGGACAUAGAAGGAGCAGCCAGUAAGGAGUAUUCCCUGGAGAAAGCCAUGGAAAAGAUGAAGUCAGAAUGGGCUGACCUGCGAUUUGUAUUCACCCAGUACAAAGAUUCGGGUACCAGCAUUGUGGGUGCCGUGGAUGACAUCCAAGUGCUCCUCGACGAUCACAUCAUCAAGACUCAGACCAUGCGUGGGUCACCAUUCAUCAAACCAGUUGAGGCUGAAUGUAAGGAAUGGGAAGACAAGUUAGUGCUGAUCCAGGAUAUUCUUGAUGCCAUGCUGAAGUGCCAGGCCACGUGGCUCUACCUGGAGCCCAUCUUCAGCUCAGAAGACAUCAUCGCCCAAAUGCCAGAGGAGGGUCGCAAGUUUGGUAUAGUCGACGGCUACUGGAAGGACAUCAUCGCUGGAUCGGUGAAAGACACCAGAAUACUGGUGGCCACGUCUCAGCCGAACAUGCUGGAGAGGCUGAGGGUGUCCAACGUUUAUCUGGAGGAAAUUCAGAAAGGGCUGAACACCUACCUUGAGCAGAAAAGACUCUUCUUCCCCAGGUUCUUUUUCCUAUCAAACGACGAGCUUCUGGAAAUCCUGUCGGAGACCAAAGAUCCACAGAGAGUACAGCCUCACUUGAAGAAAUGCUUUGAAGGCAUCGCUAAGCUGGAGUUCACCGUAGACAUGGAGAUCACCGGCAUGAUCAGUUCCGAAAAGGAGACUGUACCCUUCAUCCAAAAAAUCUACCCAGCCGAGGCCAAGGGAAUGGUGGAGAAGUGGCUUGAGCAGGUGGAGAAGAUGAUGCUGAGCAGCGUGAGAGCCGUCAUCUAUGAGGGAGUCAAAGAAUAUGUACAGGUUCCAAGGAAAAAGUGGGUGCUGCGGUGGCCGGGACAGGUGGUCAUCUGUGCGUCUUCCGUCUUUUGGACGAGCGAAGUGUCAGAAGCGAUUGAGAAUAACAGCCUCCCUGCCUACCUUCAGCAGAGCAAUGAUCAGAUAGCUGAUAUAGUGGAGCUGGUGCGAGGGAAGCUGCCGGGAGGAGCGCGUAUGACCCUGGGGGCCCUGACUGUCAUUGACGUUCACGCGCGUGAUGUGGUCGCCAAACUGGCCCACGACGGCAUCUCCUCCCUAAAUGACUUCCAGUGGAUGUCCCAGUUGCGCUAUUACUGGGAGGACGGGGAUAUUCUGGUGCGCAUGAUCACCACCACUGUAAAAUAUGGCUACGAGUACCUGGGCAACUCCCCUCGCCUCGUCAUCACUCCUCUCACUGAUCGCUGCUACAGGACACUGAUGGGGGCCCUGAAACUAAACCUGGGUGGGGCUCCGGAGGGGCCUGCUGGGACUGGAAAGACGGAGACCACCAAGGAUCUGGCCAAAGCCCUCGCCAAGCAGUGCGUUGUGUUUAACUGCUCCGACGGUCUGGAUUAUAAGGCCAUGAGCAAGUUCUUCAAGGGCUUGGCGCAGUCUGGGGCCUGGGCGUGCUUUGAUGAGUUCAACCGCAUCGAGGUGGAGGUGUUGUCCGUGGUAGCUCAGCAGAUCCUCAGCAUUCAGCAGGCCAUCGUCCGCAACCUCACAACCUUCAUGUUUGAGGGGACGGAACUGUCGCUCAAUCCCACCUGUUCGGUCUUCAUCACUAUGAAUCCUGGCUACGCUGGUCGAGCUGAGCUACCCGACAACCUUAAGGCCCUUUUCCGCACAGUGGCUAUGAUGGUGCCGGAUUAUGGUCUCAUCGGAGAGAUCUCGUUAUAUUCAAUGGGCUUUAUUGAAUCCCGCAGCCUGGCCCAGAAAAUCGUAGCCACCUACCGGUUAUGCUCAGAGCAGCUGUCCUCCCAGCAUCACUAUGACUACGGGAUGCGUGCAGUGAAAUCAGUUCUCACAGCAGCAGGCAACUUGAAGCUGAAAUACCCGGAAGAGAAUGAGAGUGUGCUGCUGCUACGUGCCUUGAUGGAUGUCAACAUGGCCAAGUUUCUGGCUCAGGAUGUGCCUCUCUUCCAGGGAAUCAUAUCGGACCUCUUCCCAGGGGUCGUUCUUCCCAAACCAGACUAUGAUCUUUUGCUAAAAGCCCUCGAUGAAAACAUCGCCAAGCUGAAGCUCCAACCUGUCCCCUGGUUCAUUGGGAAAAUUAUCCAGGUAUAUGAAAUGAUGCUGGUACGUCACGGGUUCAUGAUUGUGGGGGACCCUCUUGGAGGGAAGACCAGUGCCUACAGAGUCCUUGCUGGAGCACUCAGCGAUCUCUACGCAGCCAACUUGAUGGAAGAGUUUGCGGUUGACUACCGCAUCAUCAACCCUAAGGCCAUUACCAUGGGUCAGUUGUAUGGCUCGUUCGACCCUGUCAGCCACGAGUGGUCAGAUGGGGUGUUGGCCACCUCCUUUAGAGACCAAGCUGUGUCCACAUCCGAUGAUCGGCAGUGGAUAAUCUUUGAUGGGCCCAUUGAUGCUGUCUGGAUCGAAAAUAUGAACACGGUGUUGGACGACAACAAAAAGCUGUGUCUGAUGAGUGGUGAGAUCAUCCAAAUGAGCCCCAAGAUGAGCCUGAUUUUCGAGCCAGCAGACCUAGAGCAGGCUUCUCCAGCCACUGUCAGCAGAUGCGGCAUGAUCUACAUGGAGCCACAUCAGUUGGGCUGGACUCCUUUGAAGGACUCCUAUAUGGACACCCUCCCAAACAGUAUCAGCGAGGAGCAUAAGGACCUGGUUGAGGACUUGUUCGGCUGGUUAGUCCAGCCAUGUUUGGACUUCCUUUAUCAGGAAUGCCGCUUCCUUGUGCAGACCUCUCCCAUCCACUUAACCUACAGCCUGAUGAGACUCUACACCUGUCUCUUGGAUGAGAUUGCUGAGUCCGGAACACCUGGGAAAGAUUCCCUGUCCUGCCAACAGAUGAUGCAGUGGCUUCAGGGCCUCUUCGUGUUUGCUGUCGUGUGGGGCCUCGGUGGCACCAUCAACGGGGAGAGUCGCAAGAAGUUUGAUGCCUUCUUCCGUAACCUCGUCGCGGGCACGAACGACGAACACCCCCGGCCCAAAAGCGUCACUCUUCCCAAGAACGUGUUCCCUGAAAAAGGCAGCGUUUAUGAUUAUUAUUUCCACAAGCAAGCGUCCGGACAGUGGAACACAUGGACCGAAAGCAUCUCUGUGGAGGAGGCGGUCAUCGCACCAGGGGCUAAUGUGUCCGAGCUUAUCAUACCCACCAUGGAGACGGCGCGCCAGAUGUUUUUCCUGCGCACGUACCUCGCGCAUGAGGUGCCCAUGCUGUUUGUAGGGCCGACUGGCACGGGAAAGUCCAUCAUCACCAACAGCUUCCUGCUCAAGCUGCCCAAAGAGCAAUACACCCCCAACUGCAUCAACUUCUCCGCUCGAACCUCUGCCAACCAGACACAGGACAUCAUUAUGGCUAAGCUGGACCGCAGGAGGAAAGGCGUGUUUGGGCCUCCGAUGGGCAAGAAGUGUGUGGUGUACGUAGAUGAUCUGAACAUGCCUGCAAAGGAAAUAUAUGGAGCCCAACCACCAAUUGAGCUACUAAGACAGUGGAUCGACCACAGGCACUGGUACGAUAAGAAAGACACUUCCAGGUUGGACAUUGUUGAUGUCCUGUUCGUGUCUGCAAUGGGGCCGCCUGGAGGUGGUCGCAAUGACAUUACAGGACGCUUUACCCGGCACUUAAACAUAAUUUCCAUUGACUCCUUUGAUGAUGAAACCCUGGGCAAGAUUUUCACCUCCAUCACUGACUGGCAUUUUAUGAAAGGUUUCGACGCUACGUUCCCUAGGCUCGGGAAGGUCAUGGUGCAGGCCACCAUGGCUGUGUACAAAGAUGCCAUGGAGAACUUCCUGCCCACACCCUCAAAAUCCCAUUACAUCUUCAACCUGAGGGAUUUCUCCAGGGUCAUCCGGGGUGUGCUGCUGUGCCCCUACAGCCAUCUCCAGGAGGAGGACAAGUUGAUUCGCCUUUGGAUCCAUGAGAUUUAUCGCGUCUUCUACGACCGUCUCAUAGACGACACAGACAGAGAAAGGUUCUUCGAUAUCGUCAAAGAACGGACUUCUGGCUUUUUCAAGCAGACUAUUGACAAGCUUUUGGGUCAUCUCACCCAGUCCGGGAAGGUGACUGACGAAACGGUCCGCAACCUGUUCUUUGGGGACUACGCCAAGCCCGAUUCCGAUACGAAAGCUUAUGAUGAAAUCAAAGAGCUCAAGGAACUGAUGGAAGUGAUGGAGUACUACCUGGAUGAAUUCAACAACAUCAGCAAGGCACCUAUGUCUCUUGUUAUGUUCAAGUUUGCCAUCGAGCACAUCUCGCGCAUUUGUCGUGUGCUCAAGCAGGACAAUGGGCACUUGCUUCUGGUAGGAAUAGGUGGUUCGGGCAGGCAGAGUGCAACCAAACUGGGCACCUUCAUCAAUGAUUAUGACCUCUUCCAAAUUGAGAUCACCAAGAACUAUGGUAUACCUGACUGGAAGGAUGACCUGAAGAAGGUAAUGUUAAAAGCUGGACUUCAAGGGAAGAGGACAGUCUUUCUUUUCAACGAUAGCCAGAUCAAGGAUGAGGCGUUUGUGGAAGACAUCAACAUGUUGCUCAAUACCGGGGACGUGCCCAACAUCUUCCCUCCGGACGAGCGUGCCGACAUCGUAGACAAAAUGCAGGGCGUUGCACGCAUGGAGGGCAAGAAGAUUGAUGCCACACCCCUUUCCAUGUACAGCUUCUUCAUCGAUCGUGUCAAGGCCAACUUGCAUGUUGUACUCGCAAUGAGUCCAAUUGGGGAUUCUUUCAGGAACCGAUUGCGUAUGUUCCCAUCCCUCAUCAACUGCUGCACCAUUGACUGGUUUCAGGCCUGGCCCACUGAUGCUCUAGAGAUGGUGGCACACAAGUUUCUGGAAGAUGUAGAGUUAGAGGAUGACAUCAGGAGAGAAGUGGUGGAGAUGUGCAAAACCUUCCAGGAGAGCGUCAGGAAUUUAUCAGAGAAGUACUUUUCCCGGCUAGGCAGACACAACUACGUGACACCAACUUCCUACCUAGAGCUUAUCCUCACAUUCAAAGUUCUGCUCAACUCAAAGAGACAAGAAGUGGAUACCGCGAGGAGCCGUUACUUGGUGGGAUUACAGAAACUGGACUUUGCGGCAUCCCAGGUGUCAGUGAUGCAGCAGGAAUUAACUGCCCUGCAACCAGAGCUGAUUAAGACAUCAGCUGAGACAGAGGAGAUGAUGAAGAAGAUUGAGGUAGAGACAGUAGAAGUGGAUGCUAAAAAGAAGCUUGUGUUGGUAGACGAACAGGUGGCAAAUGAGGCAGCGGCUGCAGCGAAAAAAAUUAAGGAUGAGUGCGAAGGUGAUCUAGCGGAGGCUAUGCCUGCUCUGGAGGCUGCGCUCUCAGCCCUGGACACCUUGAAACCUGCUGACAUAACAGUGGUGAAGUCUAUGCAGAACCCACCGGGGCCAGUGAAGCUGGUCAUGGAGUCCAUCUGUGUAAUGAAGGGCAUCAAACCGGAAAGGAAGCCAGACCCUAGUGGCUCAGGUAAAAUGGUUGAGGACUACUGGGGGCCCUCAAAGAAGCUGCUGAGUGACAUGAAGUUUCUGGAGAAUCUGAAAACAUUUGAUAGAGACAAUAUCCCAGCAGCCAAUAUCAAGAAGAUCAGAGAGAAGUUCAUCGACAAUCCAGAUUUCCAACCCUCCAUCAUCAAAAGUGUUUCGUCGGCAUGUGAGGGUUUGUGUAAAUGGGUGCGAGCCAUGGAAGUGUACGAGAGAGUGGCCAAGGUGGUGGCUCCCAAGAAGGAGCGGCUGAAGGAAGCAGAGGGAGAGCUUGAAUUGCAGAUGCAGAAGCUUUCUGUGAAGAGAGCUGAACUGAAAGAGGUGGAGGACAGACUGCAGGCCUUGAACGACACCUUCGAUGUCAUGAAUAAUAAGAAAAUAGAUUUAGAGAAUAACAUCGAACUGUGCAAGCAGAAGCUGAUCCGUGCAGAGAAGCUAAUCGGUGGUCUUGGUGGGGAGAAGGACAGGUGGACGGAGGCUGCCAGACUCCUGAGCAUACGAUAUACUAACCUCACCGGUGAUGUGCUGCUUUCCUCAGGCAUGGUGGCCUACCUGGGGGCUUUUACAGUUGACUAUCGUGUUGAGUGCCAAAAGGAGUGGCAUUUGCUCUGCAAGAAGAAGCAAAUUCCAUGCUCUGAAGAAUUCACACUGAGCAAUACGUUGGGGAACCCGGUGAUGAUUAGAGCGUGGCAGAUUGCAGGGCUGCCUGUGGAUGCUUUCUCCACUGACAAUGGAAUAAUUGUGUCCAAUUCCCGGAGAUGGCCCUUGAUGAUAGAUCCUCAGGGCCAGGCUAAUAAAUGGGUCAAAAACAUGGAGAAAGCCAACAAGCUAGCUGUCAUUAAACUCUCUGAUGCCAACUAUGUAAGAACCCUGGAAAAUGCUAUCCAGUUUGGAACACCCAUCCUGCUGGAAAGUGUAGGUGAGGAGCUGGAUGCUGUGCUGGAGCCUGUGCUGUUGAAGCAGACUUUUAAGCAACAAGGAGUGGAGUACAUGAGGCUUGGGGAGAACAUUGUUGAGUACUCUAAAGACUUCCGUUUCUACAUGACCACUCGCCUCAGGAACCCCCACUACCUACCUGAGAUUGCGGUCAAAGUAUGCUUACUGAAUUUCAUGAUCACCCCAAUGGGCCUAGAAGACCAGCUCCUGGGUAUUGUUGCUGCUAAGGAGAAGCCUGAGCUUGAGGAGAAGAAAAACCAGUUAAUUAUUGAGAGUGCUGCCAAUAAUAAGCAGCUAAAAGAGAUUGAAGACAAAAUCCUCGAGGUGCUGUCUUCUUCACAUGGCAAUAUCCUGGAAGAUGAGACUGCAAUCCACAUUCUUUCCUCCUCUAAGGUGCUCUCGGAAGAGAUAUCAGAAAAACAAAAGAUUGCAAGCAUUACUGAGAAAGAGAUUGACGACACCAGAAUGGGAUAUCGACCUGUUGCAACACAUUCUUCAAUUCUCUUUUUCUGCAUUUCGGAGCUUGCUAAUAUUGAACCUAUGUACCAAUACUCAUUGACCUGGUUUAUUAACCUUUACGUGCAGUCAAUUGCUCAGAGCUUGAAGAGCGAGGAGCUUCUCACCAGGAUUGAUAACAUCAUCGACCACUUCACCGUCAGCAUCUAUAACAACGUGUGCCGUUCUCUCUUUGAGAAAGACAAGCUGCUCUUCUCCUUGCUGCUUACGGUAGGAAUCAUGCAGGGCAAAGGCAAAGUGGAUAACGAGGUAUGGCGAUUCCUCUUGACGGGAGGAAUCGCCCUGGACAAUCCGUAUCCAAAUCCAGCCCCCGAGUGGCUGUCUGAAAAAUCCUGGUCUGAGAUUGUACGAGCCUCUAAACUCAAGAACCUGGGUGGACUUUUUGAACAUGUUCGUGCCAAUAUUCCCAAAUGGAAGAAGAUCUAUGACUCUGGCAGACCUCAUGAGGAGAAACUCCCAGACAAGUGGAGUGUGCUAGUGGGGAUGGAUCGCAUGGUGGUACUGCGCUGCUUCAGACCAGACAAACUGGUGCCAGCUGUGCAGGAAUUUAUUACUGACAAUAUUGGCAGGACCUUUAUUGAGCCUCCCACCUUUGACCUAGCAGGCAGUUACAAAGACUCCAACUGCUGCUCACCCCUGAUCUUUGUGCUUUCUCCUGGAUCUGAUCCUACUGCUGGGUUGCUAAAGUUUGCAGAUGAUUUGGACAUGGGAGGCAGCAAGAUUCAGACUAUCUCCCUGGGCCAGGGUCAAGGCCCCAUUGCUGCUACGAUGAUCAAUUCAGCCCUUAAAGAGGGUACAUGGGUGGUAUUGCAGAACUGCCACCUUGCCACAAGCUGGAUGCCCACACUGGAAAAGAUCUGUGAGGAGGUGAUCACACCUGAGAACACCAAUGAAACAUUCAGAUUAUGGUUGACUAGUUACCCUUCUGACAAGUUUCCAGUCAGCAUCCUUCAGAAUGGAGUAAAGAUGACCAACGAACCUCCUAAAGGCCUACGCGCCAACCUUCUACGUUCCUAUAUCAGUGACCCUAUCUCAGACCCUGCCUUUUUCUGCAGCUCAAGGAAGCAGGAGAUAUGGCAGAAGUUGCUCUUUGGUUUGUGUUUUUUCCAUGCUUUGGUGCAAGAGAGGAGGAAUUUUGGACCACUGGGUUGGAACAUCCCCUACGAAUUUAAUGAAUCCGAUCUCCGAAUCAGCAUGAGGCAAAUUCAGAUGUUUCUCGAUGAAUAUGAGGAAGUUCCUCUGGAGGCCUUGACUUACCUGACAGGGGAGUGUAACUAUGGAGGAAGAGUAACCGAUGACAAAGACAGACGACUGCUUAUAUCUCUGCUGUCCAUCUUCUACUGCCGGGAAGUGAUUGAGCAGGAGCAAUAUUACCUCUCAGAGGGAGACCUGUAUUUCAUCCCCCCUCAUGGCCCUUAUCAGACCUAUCUUGACUACGUCCGCAGCCUGCCCAUCAAUGCUGACCCUGGGGUGUUUGGGCUCAACAGCAAUGCUGACAUUACAAAAGACAAUCAGGAGACCAACCAGCUACUAGAGGGAGUAUUGCUUACAUUACCCAGACAGGCAGGGGGUGGGGUCAAGUCUCCUCAGGACAUAGUUGACGAAUUGGCAGAUGACAUCUUAUCAAAACUCCCGGCUGACUUUGAUGUACAGAUGGUGAUGAAUAAAUAUCCUGUAGUCUAUGAAGAGUCAAUGAACACAGUUCUGAGACAGGAGAUCAUUCGCUUUAACAGACUAACUUCUGUGGUGCGCAGCAGUUUGGUGAAUAUCCGCAAGGCUAUAAAAGGACUGGUUGUGAUGUCAGCUGAGCUGGAGAAUGUGUUCAACAGCAUGCUGGUAGGAAAGGUCCCAGCCAUGUGGGCGGCCAAGUCUUACCCCUCACUGAAGCCUUUAGGGAGCUACGUCUCAGACUUUCUGGCCAGACUACAGUUUUUGCAGGACUGGAUUGAUAAAGGACCUCCCAAUGUGUUCUGGCUGUCUGGAUUUUACUUCACACAGUCUUUCCUCACAGGGGUGUCUCAAAAUUUUGCUCGGAAGUACUCUAUCCCAAUCGACUACAUUGGAUUUGAAUUUGAGGUGACUAAACAGGAGACACAGAUGACACAGAAGCCUAAAGAUGGGGCUUAUGUGAAAGGCCUCUUCCUAGAAGGUGCUCGCUGGGACAGGGAGAAAAUGGUCAUUGGAGAGUCACUCCCCAAGAUUCUAUUCGACUUUCUGCCCAUCAUAUGGCUUAAGCCAGGGAGAAUGGCUACAUUCCUCCAUGAAAAAAUCUAUUCCUGUCCCGUUUACAAGACUAGUGCCCGCCGAGGUACCCUCUCCACCACGGGCCACUCCACCAACUACGUGCUAUCCAUUGAGCUGCCCUCAGACAAGCCUGAGAAGCACUGGAUCAACCGUGGUGUGGCAUGUCUCUGCCAGCUCGAUGACUGAGCCUUCCACUCGCUGAUUAGUCUAAUAAAGAGAGCUGCGGAACACAUCAGUGUUUAUUGCACUUUAAGCAUAUUAGAAGUAAAUGCAAUUAUUUAAUUAGUCCAUUGGGCAUGUAUCUUAUCACCUGAGAUAUACAUGGCAAAAGUAAAUACAAUCAGUGCCUGGUUACCUCUAUACAUGAUUAAGGACGACUCUUUUACGACCAUGCCGUUUUGGGAUUGUGUUCUCCAAUGUUCAGGUUUGGGCCCAUAUUCUUAAGUACAUUUUCAUUAAAACUUAUGUCACUGACCAAACCUCAGCAACCUACCAGUAAUACUGGCCUCUGCACAGGUGGCACAGCUCAUGAAUGUACAUGUGCGCAGGUGUAUAACGAAUAAAUACUGAUAUGAGCUCAUGGAGCAUUUAGAGCUGCUGCCUUGGAUCCGAAGGUUGCCGGUUCGUAUCUCACCUACUGCUGUAGUACC